UUGUGCAUUCGCCGGUUGUAUCGUAAUCUUAUCGUAGAGGAUGUCAACUACACGCCAAACUCCGCGCCGAGGUUGUAUUUACACUUUCUACAGAUAUUUUACCGUCAAGGUUUGACUAAACGGUUUUGUUCAUUCUGUAGGCUUGUUGCAUUUCUAAAGGAAAAAGCUUGCACUCAUGAUUGUUUUGCAGUGUAAUGUGUUCGGCGAUAUGAAGUUUUAACUCGAAACUUUUUAGAUUUCGCUUGUAAAAUUAACAGACAUUGUAUUUAUUAUCAUUUGCUAGAAGAUGAAGAAUUUUUUAGUGCUUGCAUCGGUUUUGGCAGCCUUUUCUUUAGGAAGUUGUCAAAGAACUACAACAGAUGAUGAAAAAACAGCCAAGUACUGGGAACAAGACGGUCAAAAGAAUCUCUACGCAUCUCUGCGGCUGCUGAAGAAUGAAAAGGUAGCCAAGAACGUCAUCCUGUUCCUGGGCGAUGGCAUGGGAAUGACCACCGUCACCGCCACCCGAAUCUACAAGGGCCAGAAAAAGCGUGAAAGAGGAGAGGAGGAACUCCUCACUUUCGAUCAGUUUCCCUACGUUUCACUCUCGAAGACGUAUGGCAUAGAUAGACAAACUUCUGAUUCUGCAAAUACUGCCACAGCUUACUUGUGUGGUGUAAAGGCAAACUAUGGCACAAUCGGAGUUGAUGGGAGAGUGGAAUAUGAGAAUUGUGAGUCAUCUGUGGAUCCCAGUACGCACGUUCCAUCCAUUCUCGAAUGGGCCCAAGAUAAAGGCAAGUGGACUGGUUUCGUGACAACCACUCGGGUGACCCAUGCAACCCCAGCCGGCACUUACGCACACAUUGCCAGCAGAAAUUGGGAGUCCUCCACGCCCAGUCCCAAAUGCCAAGACAUUGCCUACCAGCUCAUACACAACAAACCGGGAAAAGACAUGCAUGUGAUAAUGGGUGGUGGGCGACGCCACUUUAUUCCGAAAACUGAUAAAGAUGUGGAAGGAGAUUCCGGUUCCAGGCCAGAUUCCAGGAAUCUUCUCUCGGAGUGGCGACUCAUGAAGUCGAACGACAAGAAAAAAGCGGAGAUGGUUUUCAGCGCGAGCGAACUCAAGGCUCUCAAUCCGAACAAAGUGGAUUAUUUAGUAGGUUUGUUCCAUUCCGAUCACUUACCAUACGUAGCGGAGCGGCCAAACCUAACCAAGGAAUAUCCCACACUGCCGGAAAUGGUCGAAGCGGCCAUUAAAGUGCUCAGAAAAGAAGAGAAGGGAUUCGUUUUGCUUGUUGAAGGCGGAAAAAUAGACAUCGCUCACCAUCUGAACUGGGCCAAGAAGGCUCUAGAAGAAGGCGUCGAAUUCGACAAGGCCAUCGAAACUGCCCAGCAGCUGACCGAUCCAGAAGAGACGCUGAUCGUCGUCACGGCUGACCAUUCCCAUACUUUCACAGUGGGUGGAAAUUAUCAAAUGAGAGGGACCAACAUCUUAGGUAUCGGGGGAGUGUCUGAUGUCGACAACAAAACAUUCACAACCCUCGGCUAUCACAACGGACCGGGAUACAAGAAAAACUCUCGGGAUCGCAACUUAACUGAAGAAGAAGCAGUGGAAACCGAAUUUCGCCAAGAUUCUCUCUUUCCCAUGCUUUAUGAAACUCAUGGCGCCGAAGAUGUUCCGGUGUAUGCCAAAGGCCCUUACGCCCAUCUGUUCCACGGUGUUCAUGAGCAGUCCUACAUCCCAUACGUCAUGGGAUACGCCUCAUGUGUAGGACCUAACCAGGAUGUCUGCAAUGCAGCCAUGUCUGUGGUUUUGACACGAAGCUCUGCACUUCUUUCUGUCGCAAUCGCUCUGUUUACUUACAAGUGGAACGUGUUUUAUUAAACUUCUUUAUUCAUUUUUCUAA